UCCCUCCACAUCUUACAUUACAUAGCAUAAACCACUGCACCCAAGCCCCCUCCUCCUUCCUCCCCUUCUAUAUAUAAUCGUCACCGGAAUUCUCCAAAUCCCAUCAUCUCAUCAUCAGUCUUUCUCUCGUCUGGAAAUCUUACCUCCGAUCGAUCGAUCGAUAUCGCCUUCUUCAUCAGUCAUCUUAAAUCCGUUCAGAAAGCUAGCUAAUUCAAGAUGAACCAAUCUCAGUACAACUACCAGAACCAGCCCCCAGUUUCAUACCCUCCGCCUGGAGCAUCUGCUCAGGGACCAUACGUGGCUCCGCCACCGGCAGGGUACCCCACCAGAGACGGCCAACCGCAGCCUCAGCAAACCGGCCCAGUCGAGACCAAGUCCAGGGGCGAUGGCUUCUGGAAGGGAUGUUGUGCCGCUCUCUGCUGCUGCUGCGUCCUGGAUGCUUGCUUCUAGUGAUGAGGGAUGGUCUUCGGGCGGCCCGCAGGCCGGACAUAUAGUCUCUUUUAUCUUGUGUAUUUAGUUUUUUAUGUUUGUACACCUCUGUGAGUUUUAUUGUUGAGGGGAUAUUGUUGCCAUUAGAUGGCGUUGGUAUUAUUUCUUUUUAUUAUCAGAUUGGAUUUCUAAUAAAUUCUUAUUUCAUUCUUCAGCUUCA